GCCAUCUUGAGUAAUGCUGAAAGCGAAAUUUUCAGAGAAGGCUGAAGGUGCGAACGCUGGGGAAACUCUAAUCUCUAAUGACGAAACGACAACGAAAUCUUGAGACUAUUGAUGUUUAACGUGAGGAAGGUGAGUAGACAGAUUCCCGGAAGUAGUUGGCCGUCACCCCGCCGGAACAGCCGAGAUCUCGGAUUUCAGAAGAAGACAACCGGAUGAAGGUCAUAUCCUAGGUCUAAGGUGGUGGCUGCUAGCUUUCUGGCGAGAGGAUCAGAGAGAAUCGCACGGAGGAUCUCGCCUGUCGUCUCGCUUGUCGUCGUUGACGUCACGAUCCUAAAACGGUUGUCGCGAGAAGGUGUCCCAUUUCUCGCUUAUCCGCAGACGGCGACGGCGGCUCCGAGCUCCGAUUCGAGCAGGCUCGGGGCCCGAGCAACAGCAACGCCGAAGAGAGUGAGAGAGAAAGAGAGAGAAGGGAGGAAGGAGUGGAAGAGGCUGAGGAGAGCUGGCGAAGCCGAAGCGAAGAGUGGCCGAGUCAGCCGAGUGCCGAGUGGCGAGUGGCGUCCGCAUACUCCGCAUGACGCAUGGCGAGGAGGAGCCCUGAUGCGAACGGCCCCGCGCGAGAGUCUCGCGAGCGCUAGGACGACGCCAGGCACCUUGCCUUCUUCCUCGCCUUCGUGGGGCGGGAUGUCCACGGGACGUCGGUGAACGGCGAGCGAGCGUGCGCGCGCUCCUCCACGCGCGUGGAACCGGUUCGGGUUCGCGCAGCUCCGUUGCUCCGUUGCGUUCACUGACGUUCACCGAGGAGGCGAGAAGGCUGAGCGAAGAAGGAAGGUGAAAGCGAAGUAGCCGCUAGCCGCUCGAUUCCUCGGACCAGGUGCCAGGUGCGCGCGUGCUCCUCGCAGUCCUCGCGUUUCUUCCCGCGCGAACGUCGCCACUCGCCAGGGCAUGCCCGCGCGAGCGCGCCCCCCGUGCCCCCCGGCCGUCAUGCCAGCGUCGCGCACGGCGCGGUUCGUCGGCUAACCUCCAAUUCGCGGAUCGCGGAGUCUCGGGGUCUCCGACGGGGAACGGCGUGGCUCCUGAGCUCCUCACCUUCCCUUCGCGAUGAACGUGAAUUUCUACACGAUGGCCGCGGGCAGCAAGUGGGACAGGGUCUGCCGAUUGUGCUCGGAGGAGAGGAACGAGAUGCUGCCCAUCUUCGGCGACGAGGGUAUGCAGCGCAGGGUGGUGGAGAAGCUGCGCGCCUGCCUGCCCGUGCUCGUGUACAAGACCGAUCCGCUGCCGAAGCAGAUCUGUCAGUUCUGCGCGGCCAGGUUGGACGACGCGUACGAGUUCAGGCAGUACUGCCUGAACGUCUACAGGAGCAUGCAGGCCGUCUUGCUGAGGCACAAGCAAACGGAGUCCGCCCAGAUAUACCUCGACGCGAUGAAGAACUCGUCGGAUCCUUGCCAGGUACAGCUCUGCAAGGAGAAGUCUAGAGCUCCGCCGCCGUUAGUUCCUUUGUCAGCUACCCUGCCCUUCGACGACUCGGCGACACCGAUCAAUCAGGUUAUCCAGGAUGCCUGCAUGGAGACCUUGUCCGAAUUGCCAUGCGAGGUGGAGAUCAAGGAGAUGAAUAUGGAACCAAUUUUGAGUGCCGAAACCGCCGUUAGCGAGACGUUGAACAAGAAGCGCAAACUGUCGGAGAUGUUUGGCAUGGAUAUACAGAUAAAAGCGGAGUCCGAUAUGGAAGGAGCGAGAGCUCCUAAAUUGGACUAUCAAGUCAAAAAGGAAGAGAAACGAACGAGUAUUCUGGAACAGGUACUGACCGGCAGUCUGACGAUGAACAAUCAUCAGCAACUGCAGUCCGUAACGAAGUUAACUUCCGAAUGGUGGUGUGCACCUUGCAACAGUUAUUACAGAACGAAGGACAGUCUAAUGAAGCACAUGCAGUUGCACUGUCCGCGUGUGUAUACCUGUAGAAAGUGCUCCGCAUCCUUCGAGUCUGUCGAAUUCUUAGCGAAACACGAAGCCAGUAACCAUUUGAAGGUCGAGCUGGAUUUCACGGGGAACUUGAAUGAUUGUGAUCAGUGCGAGCGGCAGUUCGUACGUUGGGAAAUGCUGAAGCAGCACAGAUUGCGCGAUCACCUGGCCGAGUCGACCGAGAUUGGAAGUAACACCUGGUGUUCAUUAUGCAAUAGAUUUUUCCCUACAGUAGAAUCUUAUCAAAGUCACGUUCAGUUACAUCAAACAAACUCGAUAGUGACGCAGAAAUUGCCAUCUUCGGAAUCCAUAGUGACAAAAAUAGCGGAACGACCGAGAGAGAUUAAACGAGAUGAUCAGUACUACGAAAACGUAAAAUCUCUCAGGUGUCCUACUUGCGGAAAGAGAUGUACCCAGCAGAGCGCAUUGUCGAAUCACAUGCGCACUCAUGAACCGAAGAAGCACAAAUGCAACAUUUGCGGCCGGUCGUUCGGACUUCUUAUACGCCUGGCUGGACACAAAAUAGCCGAGCAUAAUGAACAACCACUAAUGACACCGACCUUGUCGGCAGUCGAGCAAGAGGAGGCCUUAAACGCUGAGAGGGAAGCGAGAGAAGCAAGGGAAGCUCGCGGUGCCAAAAAAUCUUACUCCGAGGUAAUGGAGAGGAACGACGUCCCGGUAGACGAUGAAUCUCUAACGAAACGCAUUUCUAGUGGACAUAAAAACGUGGCGAGAUGCGGCAUUUGCUCACAAUGGUUCAGCGACCACACGACAAUGUUAACGCACCUGCAGACGCACUCGGACAAUUCCCACAAAAGUUACAUGUGUCAUGUAUGUAAAAAAUCGUUUAAGGAACAGUCGCAGCUAUCAAAGCACGAGGCUUGUCAUAAACGCCUAACGCUCGAUAAUGCCUCACUGUACACAUCCGCUGUUUGCAACAAAUCAUUCAUGGAUAAGGCGCAUCAAAAGACGCACACGGUGGAUAAAACCUAUCACUGUGCGAAGUGUAAUAAAAUCUUUUUCAAAGAAGUUACGCUGCUCGCCCACCAAUGCACGGGCGGAGCACUGCUUGGAAAGAAAGUCGCCGUGAAGUCUCGGCAGAAGACGCCGUCUCACGUUGCCAACAAGACGUACAAGUGCUCCAAAUGUGACGCGACUUUCAUGAGCUCGCAGUCGCGAAACGCACACUUGAAAAUGCACGCCGAGUAUAUGCGCGGCAGUACGAUGCAGACACCCGAGAUUAAAGGUGUAGCGGAUGACGAACCGAUGCCAAAAUUGCGUCCGGAGACGCUGGAAUACAUAUCUCCUAUCGAGCCAAAGGUUGAAAUUAACGAGCAGAGUAUCCCCCCACCUCUUAAACGGACUCUCAUUAAAACCGUCAACGGGUAUCGGUGCGGUGUAUGCCAGUCACCGUUCGUGUUGAGGGAUCUAGCCGUGGCGCAUUUGAGAUCCGCACAUCCCGUGAUGCCAUAUCAGUGCCCUUAUUGUAAGAAACGCUUCACGACGCAGUACACGUUUACCCAUCAUAUCAAGACGGAGCAUCCCGACGCAUCCGAGAAAUGAAGAUCGUUUGGAUCACGCUGGAAGAAAUGGACAGAUCGAAAUUAUAUCACAUCAUGUGCCUCGUAUUAUGUGUGAGAGAGUUCUGUUUAUACAUUAUUCAGGGAAACGAAUGAGGCGUAUAUAGAUACGGCCCGUUCUACGUCGAUUUCCGAUUGUUAAUUGGCCUUGAGGAUUUUUCUAUUACAUAACUGCAGACGUACAACGUUAAAGUGUUUGUUACGCGAGGCUAUUGAUAUUAGUACUUACACUGAACGUGCCUGUACAAGUGCUUUGUUUUACAACAAUUAUACGAACAAUCCGCGACAGAUUUUCAACGAAAUCUUGCUUGGAAAGAAACAGUCCCCCCAAGUCCCAGAGCGAUGAUAAAACGAAUGUCGAGCGCGAAGAUUGAAACAUUCGGUCACGGUCACGUGAAUCAUAGCGGCGAAACCUAUCGAUGAUAGAAAUUCGAUCGCGCAAUUUGUACCAUAUGAUUUGUAUUUUAGAUUUAACUGUGUAUAUUUCAAUCGUGACGUUAUACAAUGUAAUUACAGUAAAUACAUCAGGAGCCCUGAAAUCUCGAUUUACUCCAGAAACGUUACUACAAAUGACAAAUGACGUGUUCGAUUUCACAGUGUCAUUAUAAGUUAUUUUGCGUUCUUAUGGUUCCUCAAUAUCAUCAACGGCGCGACAUAAGGGAGUAAUAUCGAGAAUUCCAGGAUAUUUAAUUCGCGUUAAGAUACAUUCCCUUUUAAGCGAACGUUUCGUACAUCCAUGUUUACGUCCUAUUUCGUGUUUACGGUUUUCAUCGUUGCGAUUGCCUUACGAUGCAACGCCAAAGUCUCUCUUCGAGGAUACCGAAGACCGCCGUCGUCGCGAACAAGCGAAGAGCCGGCCGUUUCUGACGCGACGGCGACGUUGUGUAAUUUAAGUGUACAAUCUUUAUAAGUUUAUUUUAUAUAUACUUGAUUUACAAUAAACUAUUACUGAAAAUAUUACA